GACGACGAUUUUCACUCUCUCACUCUGCUUCAAUACUAUCGGUUCUGCUACGUAUCUUGUUUUUUUUUUAUUUAUUUAUUUUCUUUUAAUUCUCGCUCAAGGUGACGUCUCAAACGAAGCUGCUGUUAAAAUUCGGAACUCGAGCAAGGAUCGGACAAAGUGCACACGAUGGAGUUUGCGUGAAGGAAAGAGGCGUUGUAUCUAGGAGCAGCGACGGUGCGGUGACUUGAGGGGAGAGAGAGAGAGACAGAGAGAGAAUAGGAUGAGGUGAAGCACGGAAAUAACGCUUCAGUUGCAGCAGAGGCAGUGAGAGAGAAAUGUACGUGCCAGGGGCGGCAGGUUUAGCAGCGUUGUAUGCGCUGCUCCUCGGGCUGGGCGUCUGGGCUGGGGCGCUCAACAGGCGCAAGCCACUAGCUGCCGCCCACAACCAACUCAUACUCGCUAGACGCGAGGUCGGACUUUUUCUCGGGAUCUUCUCGCUCGUUGCAACGUGUAUCGGUGCGAGUUUCGUCAAUGGGACCGCAGACAAGAUAUACAGCAGAGGCCUGGCCUGGUGCCAGAUACCCAUUGGCUAUGGGUUCAGCCUACUCUUUGGCGCACUGCUGUUCGCCAAGCCGAUGCGCAAAGCCGAAUACACAACGAUGCUCGAGCCCUUCCAACAGCACUAUGGAGCCCGUGUAGGUGGACUUCUGUUCUUGCCGGCGCUGUGGCACGAUCUGUUCUGGUGUGCUGCUGUGCUUAGGGCUUUGGGCUCUGCCCUUGGCGCCGUCGCCAACAUCGAGCCGAGCAUCGCCGUCUGCGUUACUGCACUUUUCGUGGCCGUAUACACUGCGAGCGGAGGACUGUACUCGGUACUAUGGACGUCUGUGCUGCAACUGCUUUGCAUUGGCGCUGGUUUGGCGCUGGCUUCGAUCUAUGCAGCACUUCAUCCGGCAGUCUCGUUCGAAAUCAAACUACUCGCCAUGGAUUGGCUCGGCGAGAUUAGAAGCGACGAUCUUGGCGAGUGGCUUGAUUACAUGCUGCUCGCUUUCUUCGCCGGGAUUAGCUGUCAGGGCUACUACCAGCGAGUACUCAGUAUCAAAAGCGCUGCAUAUGCGCGAACAUUGUCAAUAGGCUCGAUGAUCGGUUUUCUGGCGUUGUCCGUGCCUUUCGCUAUGAUCGGCGUCAUUGCACUUGCGACCGAGUGGCCGAGAGUUGAUUUCUUCAACAUGACCACUUGGUUCAGAAGUAGUAAUUCUGUGUUUCCGAUUGUCGUAAAAUUCCUCACUCCGCAAUGGGUUUCGUUUGCCGGGCUCGGUGCGGUUGUGGCUGGUGCAAUGGCAUUGGCUGACUCGUGUAUGUUAAGCAUCGGUUCGUUGUUCUCAAGAAACGUUUACAAGUCAACGAUGAGACCGAAGGCUACCGAACGAGAAUUGGACUGGAUUCUUCGAAUAUCCAUCGCAAUAGUUUCGUUCGUUUCUGCUGGAGUUGCUCUAAGUGUCAGAAGUGUACAUGAGUUAGCGCAUCUGGGUACGGAACUGGCAUACGUGGUGAUGUUUCCUCAACUUUUGUCAGUAAUCCAUUGGCCAUCGUUGGUCGACUCAUAUGGUUGCCUCGCCGGUUGCGCCGCUUCAUUAGCGAUUCGCAUUUGCGGCGGUGAAAGCAAACUUGGCAUCCCAAUCUUUGUCGAAUAUCCAUUCUACGAUCUUCGCAGCCACGAGCAGAAAUUUCCAUUCCGAACUGCAGCAAUGUUAGGCUCAAUCUUCGCUCAGUUGAUCGUCAGUUUCUUCACGCGUAAUCUUCUGGGCGAGGGUUACCUGCCACGUUUUUGCGAUCUUCUUGGCGUUUACACUGCUGGUACUAAAAAUCCCAACGGAGUUGUGCCGAGCAGUUCAGGAGCCGCUCUCAUCGAUUGCACGAUGCACGACGCAUCGCCAGGCCAUCUGUCGGACGCGGGAACCUUAUCAAGCAGUCGAACGGAUUACGACGCGAGUAGCACGGACACGCAAUUACAGCAAUCGUGUCAACAACGUUACGAGACUAUAAGCGUGCUGUACAAUGAGUCAAAACCACCAAUUUCUGGUGGCAGUAGUGCGGCUCAUAAAGCCAAUCAGAGUCUUCAAGGGUUGCAUAAUCUUCGAGAGUCGAUGAGUCCGAAAACGCCGACCGCCACGGUUUCUGGAAGACCUGGUCAAGCUGCUCAUCAUUAUGCUCAAAUGAUUGGAAGUCCCGUGGCAUCUGGACAGAUAUUGGGUGUAAAAAAUUUGACUCUUACGCCGGCUCACGUUGGCGAUUGCAUUCAGCCACCGAGGAUCAUGAGUCCUACUACACCGUCUAUUGGUACACCUUAUGCAAAAGUACCUACGACAAUUCUUACCAACGGGAGGCUCGAAGGGGACAAAGCAGGAGAUCGGAGCAACAUGGAACUAAAUCUGAACCUUACCGACAGUACUGGUAUAGUGAAGAAAAACAUAAAAGGUGUCAAGUUGAUUGGGAUGGAGGGGGGGACGCUUAGGAGGCCAUCUUUGCAGGGAACUUUUUCACCAACGCCAUCGGUAGAAAUGGUCAAUAUAUUUGACCGACGGCAAAGCAGCGGAUCAUUCGGUCCAAGCUCGUUAUCACCGAUUCCCGGUGUCGAAGCUUGCAAAACCCAUGGCACGGCAGCCCACGGCCAGGUUGGCGCCGAGCACUGUAGAAUCAAGCGUGGAAUCGUUAGGCAUCACAGCGCUAAUCUUCUCGACAGCUUCAACGACACGGGUGACCGAGCGCUCACGACCUUAGCCCGCCAGCCAAAUUAUCCGUCGAUGCCGUUGCGAGCGGAGGAGUGCCGCGUGAGCUUGCAGCGCAAGGAUUGCAAUCAGCAGUAUCAACAGCAGCAGCAGCAGCAGCAACAACAUCAGAAGAAGUCAACGAUCAGUCUGAUGGAAACGGGACUGAGGCCUGACGGGAUGACGACGUUGAGGAGGGAUAAGAGCUGUCGGUCCGCGCAUCACGCUGCUAUGACCAGAUAUUCCUCUUGUCUCGAAGGCGGAAUGGGACAUAUGUUGGUCAGCCCGACUUAUAGUAUGUACACGUCCGCGGUGAAGAGCUGUUCUUACUUCGAUGACGAAGCUGUCAGCAGGUUUUAAGCUUAUUCUUUUCGACUAUAUUUGCGUGCAAUACUCUAAUGUGCAAUUUAGUUGGCAUUUGAUGGUCCGUUAUGAAACUUUGUGCAAUAACUUAGUAUUAACUAAUUCGAGCUUUUUCUUUCUUUUUCAUAAGGCUGAAUUGCUAUCUCUAACUUGUAAUCGUAUCGCCACACUAAUGGCAUUAACCUUAUACAUUUCCAAUUAAGUCUGAACCUAAUCAAUUAAUAUAUCAGGGAGAAGUCUUGCAAUAACUAAUAUAUACACCCCUAUUGAAUUCCUAUCUGAAUAUUCUUCAAUGAAGCGUUUUUGGUACUAUAUAUUUAUAUUUCUAACCGUAUUUAGCGUUAUAGAUCUUUUUAUAUAUGCAAAAUCAAUUUUUUAUCCUAAUCUUAAUAUUUUUAUUUAUACUAAAAAAUUUGUAUUUUUACGAUUUAGUAUAUAAAUACAUUACCUAAUGUAAAUACCUAAGCCACCUUGAACUCUCAUCGAACUGAUUAAUUUGAAUGAAUAGUUUGAUUCAUAUUGAAUAGUUUUUUGUAAAUAUAUUGAUCAAACGAUUUCACAGUGAUGUGGCAAUAAUAAUAUUGAAUUUCAACAUUUUAUAACCGAGGAGUGAGAUAAUAUGAAAAGUUAUAGCAUGUGACCUAAAAUGUUGUGUUUACAAAUAGGAAUACGUCCAGAAAAUGUGCAAAUUCACGACAACUCUACAAAAAGACAUAUUUUUGCACCAAGCUAGUUAAUUAGCUACUUAGAAUAGGAGUAUUUAUUCAAAAGCAAGAGAGCUGAUAUUUCGAUUUAUAUUGUUUUUUCGUCAAUGCUACUAAUUUUUAAAUGGUCUGCUCUUUUGUAAAAAAUGUAACGAUUACCAACAAAUUUUACGUAGCGAAUUUCCGGUACGAACUAUAAAAAAUUGAUGUACAUUUAGACUGUAAGUCCUUAUACACCUUUCAGGAAAAUUUAUUAAAUAUUUUCAUUAAUUAAACAGUCCAUUACUGCUUGAAGCUGCCUUUCGUUUGCUUUCAUUUGAAAAUAGACAAUGGAUAUUUUGUUACGUUUUUCAUAUGAAUUCCUGAUUAUAAGUUUUUUUUGCUAUAUUAUUCAAUUCCUAUAAAGCAUCAAAAUUGAACUGGAACUUAUAUACACGGAACCUACCUUUUUUAAAACAUUUACACUUUGAUAAAUUUGAAAAAAAAUGUUGUAUCUUUUUCAAAUGAUUUUUUAACACUUUUCUAAGUGUUUUACACCCAGAGAAUUUCUUUUUUUACCUAGCAAAAUGCGCGAAUUUUCUAUACUUUUGUAUAAAAAGAAAAUUAAUGUAUGGAAAAUAAACCAAAAACGUACAUCUUAUACCUGUUAUCAGUAUUAAAAAGUAAUUUAAAAUUUAAGAACGAAUUUCCGUCUAUUAUGAAUUGCGAGCAAAUGUAUAUGAGUAAUAAUUACAAGGUAAUCAACCAAAGUUGAUUGCAUUAACAUUAGAAAUUAAAAAUAAUUUAUCUCGGCGAAAUUAGAUCGUAAUGAAAAAAAGGUAUGCGUACCUUCAUACAUUGUAAAUUAUUCUAUAAUCGCAUAGUUAACGCAUAAUAAUCACAACUGUAAUUAAAAAUAGAAUCUAAGGUGCAAGUAAUUAUUUCUUAUAAGAAGAAUCAAUUUUAUUUUUUAUGCUUGAUUAUUAGUAAUUAUUUUCAGAAACGAAACAAUAAUGGCCACAAAGUAUAUUAAGUGUUUGUUUUAAAUUCGUCUGAAUUAUAGUUUUAAAAAGUGCCUCAAAAUUAAAUGAAUAAAAAAGUAAUCAGCAAUCAUGUCUUCAAAAGUGUCUAAUACACAUGUAAUACGCUAACAGCAAUUAAUACUUUCUUGGGCGUUUGAUGUAUAAAAAAAUCUACACAUUUAUAAAAGGAAUAUUUAAAUGUAUUAAUAAUACACAGAAGUAUGCAGUAUAAAAAUGUAAUGCAGAAGUAGAGGUAAUUAAUUUUAAAAGAAUGUAAUUUUUUGAACGGAUGUCCGUAAACGAGUGACGUCGAAUGUGAAUUAUGUGCCAAAGCUUAAACGAGGUAAUGCAGUAUAGUAGUGUAUAUCUCUUGCCUAAUUGCAGAUGCUUUCAGGCUUGAGUACAGAUGAUUAAAAAAUUAUGCAUUCCAGCUCAUUAUACGCAUUUUAGUCCUAUAGCAAAAUUACCAAAAUCAAUGUUUACAAAUUUUUCAUGAAAUAGUUUCACUGUAGGUCUAUUGUCAGCAUGAAAUUAUUGAUAAGUUGAUUACAUGUUAAAUUAAAAAUCAGUCAGCUUAAUGCUGUAAUUUCAUGUUUCUUCAUUUAAAAUCUAGCAAACUUUUUGCAUAAAAUAAUCUUUAGGCAUGGCAAUUUUGUAUCUAUAUUAACUUUAAUUAUUAGACAUUUUAGUCAUACUAUUUUUAUUUCUGUAUAUUCUCAUGUAAAAUUUGAAUUAUAAACUGUAACAUGACAACUUAUUUUGUACUUAUAAGUCACUCGAAAAACUGUUUAAAAAACACAGUGGUUGUAAAAACAUGUAUCUAAUCUCUAAAUAAAGUGAAAUUUUUUAGU